UUUAGGGUCGUGCUGUUGUUUUUGUAUAAAUUUGUUACUUAAUGCUUUAAAUAUAUGUGCAGUGACAGUAUACUUUUUCUUUUUGAUUUUUGAUAACACUAUUAGCCACCUUUUAUCUUCGUGCGUGAGAGGCGAAGCGAAUUUAAGGGCUCAAGUGUGUAGUUUUGUCGCGAAAAAAAGGACGGACGGACGGGCGGGAGCGUUUCACGGAAAACCUGGAGCAAUCCGCAGCAACUCCAGCAGCUCGAGAGUGAGAGGGUGGCCCCCUCACAGAGUUAAGAUGAUUAGCAGUGGAAGCAGUAGUGGCUGCGGUAGGAUGCAGGGGCAGCCCCAGCAAAACGCUGGUACCAGUUGAGGAAGGACAAACGGAGUGCAGCAGCAGCUCGGGAUGAGCUGCUGGUGAGCGUUCGGUCCGGUUAUCCGUCGUUGGAACAGGUUGAAGAAGAUGCCGUCAGUGGCAGCAGCAACGGUGGUGAUCCCAGUGCCGCGGGGGAUGUUGUGUAAUUCCUGCUGAGAAUCCCGGGACGGCAGUGUUGGAAUACGGUGUCACUGUGUGUGUGUGUUUGUGUGGAUGCAGCUCAAGGAAAAGAUGGAUUUCUCACGCAGGACUUCGCGAUAAGGACCUGCGGACGGCCAGCAGUUGGAAGUGCCAGCUGAAGAGGAUAACCUGGAAAGCUUUGUUGUGUGGGGGAACUUCCCGUAGAAAGAAACCGCGAAAGCAGUGCCCGUGUGAAAACGCGAAGAAAAGCUCAAAGAAAAACGGAGAACCCAAAAGGAUCAGUGGGAAGAUUUUCGCGGUGCCUGGUGGAAAAUCUGUGGGAGUGAAAAACGCAAAGAGUAGAAGGCAGCAGCAGUGCUGGAAGAAGCUGUGCUGAAAAGAGCGCCCGCUCCGGAAAAGUGAGUGAGUGCCCUCGGAAAAACCCGUGAGCGAGAGCAGAACUAUCUCGCGAGGAGAGUGAGACCACCCCGUUCGGAAGACCCCGGAGUUGUGUGGCCAACCUGGUCCAAGAUCCGCGGGAGUGAGUGUUGUGUGUUCCGCGGUGUAGCACGGUGCGCUACUGGAAAGUAUGUGUACGCGGUCGUCCGAAUUUUCCGAAAAGCUGUAACAGCUCUCACUCUCCACCAAGGAGCAUACACACACCUACACACGGUGCGUGCGUGUGUGUGUGUGCACUUGUGCGUACGGCGCGUCGGUGUGUGUGUUCGCGUGCGUCUCGCUGGAUCCUGAUAAUGUUCCAGCUCAAAGAUGUGAUCAACCACGUGUCAUCAAUCUCCCAGUUCAAUCCGAUUAAACUAACACCGCGACAGCUCGUUUAAAAAUCUCUUCGCGCAAGUAAUCCGUGUGACCAAUCGUAACACUCGUCGUCAAAACCCGCUCAACUGAAGCCACCAACAACAACGCGAUUCCAAUGUGCAUUCAUAUCCGAAGCGACAUAUCCGGUGACAGCAGUGGCUGCAGAACCACCAGCACCACCAGCACCACAUCCCUCCGGAGUAACGUCAUCGGUAACGUCGGUAACGACCCGAGGGUGGUAAUUGGCACAGGAAGUUGCAGGAGUAGAAGUAAAGGAAGCGGCAACAGCAGUAGUAGCGGGUCUUCGCGGGACGAACCGAUCUGCACGAACUGCACGAACGAGUCGACAGUGUUGCCAACAGGGUUGGGGCAAGGGCUCGGGCGUAGUUGGGAAUCAUGAAAAUUUCACCACCGAACGAACGAGGAAGCGUUAGGUACUGGAACUACUACUUCGACAGUGGAAUCCACUACGACAGCAGCGGAGGAGGUGAAGCAGAACAAGCUAGUCAAGGCGACACCACCGCAGUAGAACUUUCGCAGUAGUCACACAACCGAGGAUCACCGAUUCUUAGUCUCUAUCUCGAACAACUACUAACACACGCAUUCACCAAAAGAAAAAAAAAUACUCACAUUCAGCGAGAACGAAACGAAAACGGCAUAACUCACGCAUCAACAUACUGCCACACCACCGAGCAAAACCGAGAACAAUAGCGAGCAGACGAUCCGAGCCGACGACACCCGACCAGCAAAGACAACAGAAAAACUUGGAAUUGGUUCCCGGAUCUGUGCGCUAACGCUCACGAUCGGCAAGCGGCUAGGGUGUCUCUCACUCACUCACUCACUCACCAAUCUUCGUGACUGAACUGCCGAAGACGAUUCGGCGAACGCAGCGCUGAACAAAAGACACGAGAACAAUGCGAAUAGAACUCUAACGCACUCAGCCGAUACAACCUAACUUAAGUAGUCGUUUAAGAGUUGUAUAGUAAGCUUAAAUUGACACUUAAAAGUAAUUGAUAUUGAUUAAUAAUAAAAAAAUAAUAGCAUAUUACUCGUAAACAUAACUAUAAUAAAGUUUCGUAAAAAGACAAGUUUGCUGCAAUUCAAUAAUAAUAUCAAUAGUACUUUAACAAAUUUUCAACAAAUUGAACUAAUAUUAACAAUAAAUAAUAUAAAGGAACAGGAAGUUUAAUCCAUCUUAAUAAUACAAAGACACAUGUUCGAAUAAUAUGUCUGGAAAAAAAACUCAAUAAUAAACAGUGAAACUUAUCAAUGAAGAACAAACAUCAACUAAUAGCAUAUUGUUAUUAAAAUAUUUAAAACCCCAACCAAAAAACCAAAAACCCAAAAAAAAAAAACGAUUCAUCACUACGAGUAAUAAUAUCAUUAGCGUAAACUAACUAACAAAUUUGCUAAACCAACAAAACCCGGUACUGAUACAAGACAAGUCGCGCUGACAAACAACAUCCCCGAAGAGGAUCACAAAAUCCGGAACGACAACAACAACACAAGCACAAGUGGAUUUAAAUUACCAACAACUAGUAACAACCACAACAACAACAACAGCAAAGCAACAACGCGUCUGAGAACAAUAACAUAAAGCAAACAACCGCAACAUUGACUCGAAAGAAGCGAAAGAGAAAGAAACAACGCAAAGGUCUCUCCGAACGACCCCUCGUCGACUGAUCAUACCACACAGUCACUCACUCGUCACUCAUCGCUCAUCGCUCGUCACUCGUCACAAUCGGGCACAAUCGUGGCUGCGAUUCGUCGGCGUCAGCAAAGGCAGCAGCGUCAAACGGCAACGGCAACGGCCCACCAGCAAUGAAGAAGAUCCUGGUGAUCGUGAUCAAGAUGAUCAAAGAUUUCUCCAAGAUCAUCAUGCUGAGCCGGUACCACAACUUUCGGUGCUACAAGCAGCUGCGACUGUACAAGUGGAUCAUCGUGUUAAUGCUGGUCGCGAACUCGGUGAUGGUGUGUCUGGCCGGUUACCACGAAAAGCGGUUGCUGCACGAUCUGCUGGACACCUACAACACACUGGAGCGACCGGUGGUCAACGAAUCCGAUCCCCUGCAGCUGAGCUUCGGCUUGACGCUGAUGCAAAUCAUAGACGUGGACGAAAAAAAUCAACUGCUCGUCACAAACAUAUGGUUGAAGCUAGAAUGGAAUGAUAUGAAUUUAAGGUGGAACACAUCGGAAUAUGGUGGUGUUAAAGAUCUACGAAUACCACCGCAUCGAAUUUGGAAACCAGAUGUUUUGAUGUACAACAGUGCUGAUGAAGGCUUUGAUGGCACAUACCCAACAAACGUAGUCGUGCGAAAUAAUGGGUCUUGUUUGUAUGUGCCACCAGGAAUCUUCAAAUCAACAUGUAAAAUAGAUAUAACGUGGUUUCCAUUUGAUGAUCAAAGAUGUGAAAUGAAGUUUGGUAGUUGGACAUAUGAUGGUUUCCAGUUAGACUUACAGCUUCAAGAUGAAACUGGAGGGGACGUGAGUAGUUUCGUGACGAACGGGGAAUGGGACCUGCUGGGUGUCCCCGGGAAGCGUAACGAGAUCUACUACAACUGCUGUCCGGAGCCUUACAUCGACAUCACAUUCGCCAUCAUCAUCCGGCGGCGGACGUUGUACUAUUUUUUUAAUUUGAUCGUCCCGUGCGUGCUGAUAGCGUCGAUGGCACUGCUCGGGUUCACCCUACCGCCGGACUCCGGGGAGAAGCUCUCACUAGGUGUAACAAUUUUAUUAUCAUUGACUGUAUUUUUAAACAUGGUUGCUGAAACAAUGCCAGCCACGUCGGAUGCUGUUCCACUUUUAGGCACAUAUUUUAACUGCAUCAUGUUUAUGGUUGCAUCAUCCGUUGUUUCGACAAUUUUAAUUUUAAAUUAUCAUCAUAGAAAUGCGGACACACACGAAAUGUCUGAUUGGGUUAGAAUCAUAUUUUUAUAUUGGCUGCCAUGUAUUUUAAGAAUGAGCCGACCGGGUAGAAGCUUAUCGAUGGAGUAUCCGGCAACGCCAACGUCGGAUAGUUCCGAACGGAAAACGCACAUACAGGACGUCGAACUGAAAGAGCGAUCAUCGAAGUCGUUACUAGCGAACGUAUUAGAUAUAGACGAUGACUUUCGUCACAACUGUAGACCACUAACCCCCGGAGGUACACUGCCACACAAUCCAACGUAUUUCAGGACUGUUUAUAGUAGCGACGAUGGGAGUAUGGGACCGAUCGGAAGCAAUCGAAUGCCAGAUGCAAUUGCGCCACCACACACGUGUUUCACAUCAUCCGCUGAUUACGAACUAGCUUUAAUAUUAAAAGAGAUACGUUUUAUCACCGAUCAGAUACGAAAAGAGGACGAGGACAGCGAUAUCGCCAAGGAUUGGAAAUUCGCAGCAAUGGUAGUUGAUAGAUUGUGCCUUAUAAUUUUCACAUUUUUCACAAUAGUGGCAACCAUAGCUGUUCUAUUUUCGGCACCGCACAUCAUCGUUUCGUAGCCAUAUGGAAAAGGUUAUUGUUAUUGGUUUUAUCAUAAAAUCAAUUUGUUAUUCAUUAAAUUAUUGUCGAGACUUUUUAAAUAAAAUUCAGGCGGGGAAAGAGAGUGCGGAAGAAAAAUCAUGUGAGUGACACGAAGAAAAUCAGAAAAAAAACUGGCGACAGCUGCGAAAGUGGGAAAUCUUAACUACAGGCAGAAAGCGAAGAAAAGCCAAACGAAACCAAAAAAAUAGUAAAACACACGUCGAAAACCUUAACCCUUUACAGAAGGUAUCCAAAAAAUAAAACAAAAGCACAAAAUCAGAUUUAGGUUUUUUUUUUCUCUGCAGGAAAUUGUAUCAUUUUACGUUACAGCAAGCAAAGUUCGAAUCGGUCUUCUUCGCUAGGUUUGAGGAAAAUCGAGACAUAUAUUUUUUCUUCUUAUUUUCGAGAACAAGCAAUAAUGGCGACUGAUAUCAAGAUCGAGCAACGUAUCGCGAUUGUUGGAAAUUUUAGGAAUUUGAAAACUGCAGCACUUUGCUGUCCAGUUUCCGUUUUCACAGCAGCUCAUACAAUCACUUUCGUUUCACGCGCAUUUCUCAAUCAAAAGCAAUGCAUCGAUUUCUCGUUGAUUGAGGUUAGGUAAAAAACAAAACGAAUCGUCUCAAUCUGUCCCGGCGCGCACCGAUCGUUACACGUACAGUCUGUAGAAAUCGCGAAAUUGUUAGGCAAACUAAUAAAAAAACUCACGUGGCGAGAUGACGAAAAAAACGAAUUCAUUGAACAAAAAAAAUCAUUCACACCCUCACUCACACAAACUCACAAGCAAAACAAAGAAAAAAAAAACAAACAAAAAAAACAUAACUUUAAAAAGAUAAGAAAUUGAGCAACUUUUUUAAGUUAUCAUUUAUAGCGAAGAUAUUGAAGAUUUAAAGAAGAAAUCAUAUAAAAAGUAACAAAAAAAAAUCUUUAUUCUUUGGUUCGAACAUUAUUAUUGAAUUGCACCUUUGAAAAACUGCAGCCCCUUUCGCCCUUUUUGAAGCAGCAGCGGUUGGCUCCUCCCAUUUUCCCCUCUUCGGGAGAAAGGGGAGGAGCCAGCGCGGUUGCCGUUGCCAAAACGGGAGAAAGGGCAUCGGGUUGGCCAAAAGGAUGCAAACGAGUAAAGUGGAAAUUUCUAAAUUAAUAAUCAGAAGAAAACAAAAAAGUCGCAGCGACGCGCACCAGCAGCUCAAAGUUGGCAAAACAAGAGAGAGAAACAAUGGGAAAGAGAAGGGGCGUUAUAUUGAUAAACAAAGAAGUAAACAAUCUUGCGAAUGGCACACAGAGAGAACCAACAGAGAGAGCGUCAUCACGAGGAGAGAGCGGAAAACAAAGUGAGAGAGCGAAUGGAUGAGACACAGGAGAAAAGAGAGAAAAGAUAUUUGGUAGCUUCUUUCGAGUUUGUGUAGUAACGUUUAUCAAAAAAAGAAAACAAGCAAAAAAAUUAAGCAAAUGCGGAAAGUGUCAAAUAAUGGAUCAAACAACCAAGGAACCAUGCGAGAAGCAAGCGCAGAAAUUAAGCUAGAAUGAGAAAGAGAGAGAGAGAACGCAAGACGCAGCAGAGUAAAAGAGGAGAGCGAAAGUUUUAAAUGUAACGCAGUGAGCGCGAGAACAAUGGGCUUGGGCCAACACACACACACGCUCUCAAAGACCGAUGCUGAUUUUAAGAGCGAGAGAAGAGAAAACAAUUGAAAGUCAAGUAAAAAAUUUAUCAACAGCAGCACGACUGUGAUAUAUAAUAAAAAAAAGUAUAUUUAAAUUAUUAUUAUUAAUUAUUGAAUAAUUAUUGAUUAAAGUACUGUAAUUAUUACUGAGCGAGACGACGGCGAGGAAAGGGAAAGAGAGACAAAGAAAAAAAUGAAGCAAAACAACUGAGCGGAUUCGGGAGAGAUUUGAUCCUCUCCCGGAGAGACACUAUAAGACGCGUUGAACUCGUUUGGAGACAGCUGAGAUCGACGGGUUGAGCCGAUUGGUGGGUUUGGGCGAGCUGGUUUAGUUUCAUUUAACCGUGAAAAAUAAAAAAUAUAUCAAAAUUUGGUUUACCUUAUUCAAUUGAAAAAUUCAAUAAAAAUCUGAAUCCCAUGCAAUUUUUUAAUUGUUAAUAAACUUUCAAGGGCUAGAAAAAAUGAAAAUAAUACAAUAAAAAUAAAAUUUAAAAAAGUAUUCUUUUCUUCAAAAAUGUACAAUUAAAAUAUUUUACUGUUGAACAUUAGGGUAAAGUGACCUGUUUUUGGACAUUAGGGUAAAUACUUUAGUGUUGGUCAUAAGGGAAGAAAAAUCUCAAAUGUUGAACAUUAGGGUAAAAUACUCUAGUGUUGAAUAUUAGGGUAAACUGACCUGUUGUUGGACAUUAGGGUAAAAUAUUCUAGUGUUGAACAUCAAGGUGAAGUGACCUGUUAUUGAAUAUAAGUUAAAAUUAUCUAGUAUUGGUCUUCAGGGUUAAAAUACUCUAGUGUUGAACACGAGGGUAAAGUGACCUGUUGUUGGACAUAAGGGUAAAAAAUUAUAGUGUUGAACAUUAGGGUAAAAUACUCUUAUGUUGAAUAUUAGGGUAAAGUGACCUAUUGUUGGACAUUUGUGUAAAAUAAUUUAGUGUUGGAACAUGAGGAUAAAAUACUCAAGGGUUGAUCAUUAGGGUAGAAUACUCAAUUGUUGAUUAUUAGGGUACCUGUUUUUGAACAUUAGGGUAAAAUAUUCUAGUGUUGAACAUUAAGGUAAAGUGACCUGUUAUUGAAUAUUAGGGUAAAAUACUCUAGUAUUGGUAAUUAAAGUAAAAUACUCUAGUGUUGAACAUUAGGGUAAAGUGACCAAGAAAUGAGCAGAAACUUGCAACAGAUGCCACAAAAGACCAGGGGAUCGUUCAAGUGGAUUGCUUUGCUUUUUUUACCUAUUGUUGGACAUAAGGGUAAAAUACACAUGAAAUAUUUUCAAGUUGGAAUAAGGGUAAAAUUCUUUAGUGUUGGACAUUAGAGCAAAAUACUCUGGUGUUGAUUAAUAGGGUAAAGUAACCUAUUUUUGGACAUUAAGGUAAAAUAUUUAAGUGUUGAACGUAAAGGUAAAAUACUCAAGUGUUGAACAUUAGGGUAAAGUGACCUGUUGUUGGACAUUAGGGUAAAAUACUUUAGUGUUGAACGUAAAGGUAAAACACUCAAGUGUUGAAUAUUAGGGUAAAUACUCUAGUAUUGAGCAUUACGGUAGAAUGACCUAUUGUUGGGCAUUAAGGAACAAUAUUUAAAUGUUGAACAUUAAGGUAAAGUGAUCUGUUCUUGAGAAUUAGGGUAAAAUACACUAGUGUUGAACAUUAGGGUAAAGUGGCCUAAUGUGUGGGUGGGUAAAAUACACUUGAAAUGUUUUCAAUAUUUUAGAUAUUUUCUGCUACUGUCAUUAACCUGAAGCAUGACAAAUUUGUUCUUCUGACUUUGCUCAAUUUGAGUUGUGCUGCUUGAUUCAGUCAAAUUUUAAAGUUAAAGCAGUUUUUGUUAAAAAUGUAUAUUUUCUCUGGAGAUUUUGUUUCUUUUUGAUCUUCGACUUUUAAAAUGAUCAAACGGUUACAAAAAAUGUCAAUAGCAGGUGUCAUGAUGACUUAAACCGGAUAAAAAAUCAUUAUUUUUACCAAAAUCUGACAACUUUCUUGCAAAUCAACAAAUCACAUCGACUCCCAAAAAAACACAUCGCCAUUCAAUCAAACUGAGGAAUUUAAACAAAGCUAGUUAUUUCGUCGGAAUCUAAAAUUAAACAAAAAAAUCUCUGUAAAUAGUAGCAUUUAAGGGGCACACACAAAAUGAGCGCCAUUAUUCGGGUGAAACUACAGUCCAUUCGGGCUCAAUGGACUGCAGUUCGAGAGGGUAAUUUCUGCAUCAUUUUACUUACAAUUAAUCCAAAACAAAACUACACUAAAUGUAUUGGAGAAAUGAAAAAUCAUUGAAUAUCUGGAGUGACAUUGGCACAGGUUUGAAAUUGGUAGGGAAGUAGGUGCUGAUUUUUUGGUGGUGUGUUCUUUUUCAAGAAGUUGAGGAGGAGUUGUUGAAUUUUAAGGUGGUUAAACGAUCGAGGUAAUGCAAAUCACAGUUACAAAAUGAUAAAAGUGGGAGAUUUCCACUAAUUUUGAAGUUUUUUAAAAUGAGCCAUAAACCAAGUUGAUCAGUUUAUAAGUUGGUGAUUAAAUUAUUUCAAAAUUAACGGAAAAUUUAUACAUUUCUGACAUCAAUUGCUUUACACUUCAUAAUUUGACUACUUUGAAUAGCAGAUCUCAAAAAGAUCAAACUCAGACAAUAAAUUUUACGUGCUUCUUGCUAGUGAUAGUAACAGAUAAAAUUUCAAAAUUUUGAAAAUCAUUCAAAACUUAACCUUGUUCAGACUCUUGUUUAAUUUACAUUUUCAAGAAACUUUGAAUCGAAAUGGUAUCGAUAUUUCUUAGCAGUGUUUCCAGAAUGUUUGAAAGUAGGAGUUUGAAUGGUGUUUUGAAUAAAAUUUAUAGCAUCUUAUCCUAUUUAUAAAUUUAGUGCUGAAAUCUCAAAACAGGGUUGCCAGAUUUUCAAUGGUUUUGGCAUAUGAGAAAUUAUUUUUGACAACUUUUUAGUGAUGUGGAAAAUUUUCAACAUCUAACAUUAAAAAUUGUAAUGAAUUCAAUUUAGGCAAAGUUACUGUAAAACAGUGUUGCCAGAUCUUUUUUUUAAUUGAAGAAUAAAUAGUUUUUUUUUAAAUUAUUUUAAUGAAUUUCAGAACAUUCUUCAUAAAAAACUGGGUACCCAUAACUUAAGACAAGGCUUCCAGAUCUUCCUUGAGAUGGGUGAUUUUUUUUAAGAAACUACAAUUAACCCUCAACCAACCAACCAACUCACCUGUCAGCUCCACCGCGCUCCGAGUUCCUUUGCUCUGUAAGAAAAAAAAGCUGAGCUAAACAAAGCAAAAAAAACACACACACGAAAACCCAAAACAAAACAGUCGCAUUUCUUAUUAAAUGUAAACAAUUUACAUUCGCUGAGAUAAGGUUAAUAAGACAAAAAGAAGAACAAGAGGCAGCACUGCAGUGGGGCGGUUGCCAGCAAAACGGUGACAGUUCUGUACAGUUUUGUUGUGGUUUUGUUGCGAUGAAGUUAGGGCCAGAUGGAACCAAAACAAAGUGUGGGGAAGAAUUAAUAAAAGCAUACAAACAAAGCAGUACUGAACCAUUUUCCUAUAAAUGUAGUUUAAAAAAAAGAGAAGGUAAACAUUUAAAGCAAAACUAGAACAAUUUCGUUUUCGUACAAAAAAGUGGGUAUAUUUGUUGACGGAUUGAUUUUCAUCACGUUUUGAUAGUUUAAGCGUAAUUCUAGCAAGAGGUUUAAAGGUAUUAGUGAAAGUCUCCCGAAGAUCAAAUCCACUAGCUGGGUGAGGGAAAUAAAAAAAAGUAAAACCACAGACAGAGUAAGACAUUAAAUAAUUGAAUAAAACAAGUAUUAAAAGAAAACAAUUGAGGCAUUAAAUCACGAACUUGAAAGCACAAAAAGGAGAUACAAUUUAAAUCAAUUAAUAAUUAAGUGGUAGUUAAUUGAAAGAAGAUAAAACAAGUAUGUAAGGGUGAGCGCUAAAGUGAACCCUUGCAGCAAAAGUUACUCAGCAAAAAAAGGAACUUUUUCCACGGGAAGCCAACUUGCUGGAUUGGAGGACCCCUCGUGGCAGGAUGUGGACGGCGCAGGACGACGAGGAACGACGACGGUUUCCCAGUGAAAAGUGGCGCUGAGCAGAUAUUUACGAAAUUCUAUGAAUUUUCAAAUAGUACAGUAAACCAAAUUGUAAAGUUGACUAUAUGUUAAGAGGUAACCCAAUUUAAUGAUUAUAAUCAAUUACAAAAAAACACACGAACAUUGUUGAGUGAGCGAACCCCUUUUGGAUGAAACACACACACACACUAAUAGAGAUACUGUGAAGGUAGGAGGCGGCCAUAGAUGGCGCUCCCCUUGAAAAAAAAGAGAAGACACAAACACUGUAGUACUGUCAAGUGACAGAAAAGACCACGUGCACUGGAAAACUGUGCCAAAAAAGAAAA